ACGCAUCAAAGCCAAGAGUACAGAUUCACAUAAGAUCAACAGCAGGCUUCACAAGGGCAGCCUAAAAAUGGAUGUCAGUCAGUGUUCUCAUGCAAAACCAAGCCCAGGGAAAGAGAGGCAUCAUCCUUUGCAGCACUCGAAACAAGCGAAUGCGAUGAGGCAAUCCUUCGCUAAGCCUCCGCCUCGCAUGCGAAGGGGGCGGCCCCAGAUAGAUUGCUUCUUGUUGGCUUCUUCCGCGGAGUGUUCGCGCACCUCUACGGCGUCAGGGGGUCAAAAGGACGAGCAGUGGUCAGUCAUGAUGUCACGCAGAUAGAGACCCGAGGGAUGUACCCAUGUUGGUGGCCUUGGCGAAUGGCUGCGAGUUGACGGGUGCAGCAGCGGGGAUGUUAUUCAUAUCAACAGUUGUGGACAUGACGCUUGCUUGUGUGCCCAGGGAGUUGGGUAGUGAAAGGGUAUGGCAAUUACUCUGUGACAU